UUCAUCGAGCCGUUGCUGCGUAGGAAGUAAAUACUGUACUUUGCAUGCAAAUAGACUAAAACAAUAUUAGCUGGAGGUACAAAUUGUUACACAAACUGUAGUCAAAGUGUCUCUCAGUCAACACGGCCCUUCUAGAAACACCCGUGACCUCAGCUCCUCUGGUCACAACUGGGAAAUUGCAUUGUAUAUUUGUUCUUUGGCCAGGGUGGGUUCACCUUGUUGCUACUUUCUCUCUUGGAAGGAGGUGUUGUCUUUCAACAUGACACAGCUCAGGGAAGGCCCUCAUUGUCUCGCAGCAUCUCCCUUCACAAAGUGCCUGUUUAGUAGUUUUCCACUCGCCGAGAUGACAUUUGGCUGAAGGCUCCUUGUCCAAUCUUCGAACCGCAACUUGUGCAAGACGAGGGAGGUAGCAACAUUUGUGCCUUAUUUCCAGCCUUUCUAAUGACACCUCGACUGGAAUGGUGUGUUUAUAGUGUGACUGAUUGAGGGCUUCCUUAAAAUCUUGCCCAAACCUAAACAAAAUGUGUUUCUUCACUCCUCCACGCCCAGUGGAAAAGCUUCAAUCUGAUGUGUGUGUGAUUCUAUCAGAUUUAAAUUGGAAACACACUUCGCUGUUUUUUUGUCUCUUGUAUAUCCUGGACGUCAGACUAGUCGUCAUGACUAAUGUAAUCUUAGCUGUUGAGUGAAAUUUCGCAGUGUAAACGUAUCAAGCGUUUCACUCUUAUUGUCUCUGACUUGAUUUAGCAAUUAACAGCUGUUGGGGCUUUUAUUGCAGCCGAGUCUGGUCUGCGAAAAGCUUUACACAUCUGUGAGCAAUAUGUAUAGAGUCGAAACGUUCCUGCCCAGUGUCAGGAAAUGUUUGCGUGCUGAUAGUUCCUUUUUCAAGGGUAGAAAAGCACGAUAUCCCCUGUUAACUCGGUGUUGGUGUGUUUUUACACAGCGCUCCUGUGGCCUGUAAUUGAGGUCUAUGCCAAACAAGUUAGCUGAAAUAAUUCUCGUGUUUUCUUAGUUUUUGGGGGUUUUUUUUUUCUUUUGCGGACAAUUUUGCACCUGCUCUCUGCCACCAAAAACAUGCACAGCGUGAAGAAAGAAAAAAAAAAAAAAAAAAAAAAAAGCAUGAAUCCUCUGCUGAUCUGCGGCACAGUGAUAUCCUUCAUGGAGAGUUUGCGUUGGCUUCACUUUGGGACUGAACAUGGAAUCUACGCUUUAGGUCACUGAGAUAACAGCCUUAGAAUAUCCAUCAAUGCACAUUUUUGGUGCGAGACAAAGCCUGGGUAAAUAUUCCUUUGGUGUUUUUUCCCCUUCUUCUCUUAGUCAGCUGUGAAGGAAUUUUAAGUCCUCCAAAAGUUAGCUCUCGGCCACAUCUUCGCCUCACUGGAGGAACUUUGUGAGGCGUGAUUUGUGUAUAAUUUGGCCCGAGGAUAUGAGAAUGACUCAUGGCGUUAGUAUGAGAUAUUUGUUAGCAAAUAAUUUGUUUCCUGUUGACUUUUUACUCCUCUACCCGAGGAUGUCUGCUUUAUUUCAAACUCCUCGGCUGCGGAGACGCAAUUUUGUUAAGAUCAAAAUUGUCCCUGUAGAUUUAAUCAGCUGUUUUCUUUGCCCCCCUCACACGCAGCACCUGUAAGUCUAUCUGCCCCGUCUCCCGCCUCGCACACCGCUUCACUCGUCUCCGAACUGCGUGGCCUGUGUUUACACAUGACUGACCCCACACACCUGACGCAUUUCCUCCACGGAUGGGGUAUUUAUUUAGAUUGCAGUCUGGAGUGCCUGAUACCUUCCGAAAGCACAACCAUCUGCUCCUCGUUUGCCUUUCAAGGCUCAAGGGCUAAAAUACCGGUUUGUGCUGCAGGAGACGGGGACGUGCGAUUCUCAACAACAACACACUCGGGUUUUGUUUUUUUUUUUAAUCUUCAGCCAACUGCAGAUUGAAUCAUCAUGAAAUACCUCUGCUGUGAUAAUUCCAUUUAACCGGGGUUAGUGUUGUCUUAGCACCGUUUAAACCAAUUUUGAACUUUCUUAAUUCCCCCUAAAAGAUUGAAAGACACAGACCUCUCUUAUUUCACUGAUCUGCCCAAUUACCAGUCGCCCACUUAAGAUGGCAGACUCUCUUGCGGCAGAAGGUGAAUGUAAGCCCUUGCUCAGGCCAAAGCAUCCUUUAGUGCUCCUGGAGCUAGAGCCAGAGAGAUUAUCAUGUCAGAGUAAUCCGACUCGGCCCAGAAGCACAACUAUGGAGGAGGAGGAGCAACAGUUGAGGGGGGGAGGCAGGCAGAGGCAUCAGAGAAGCACUCUGCUCCGCUUACGGUAACCACGCUCUCCCUCUUCACCCUAACCCAUCUUCUCUGCCCACAGAGAUUCCCUCCCCGAAGAGCUGAAGAGAAGACCUGCUGCUGGAGAGAGGGUUUGUGCAAAAAAAAAAAAAAAAAGAAAGAAAGAAAACGGGGGACCAGACACUCUGUAUGGAGAAGCAUGAUGACAGAAGUUUUCUGAAGUGAACCAGAUGUCACGUCAGAUACGUUUCUAAACACACGAGCCUCCUCUUUUUUGAAUGGAGCGACCUGAGUGCCAUGCGUCGCACGUUUACUUUCAGAGGAAUGCUGAUUUCGAUCUUUGCAACAUAAGCACACGGAGCUGUGAUGAUUUUCAGGGGAACAAGCAGGAGUCCUGCCUUCGCUCCUCGCCUGUGAUGAUGAUGAUGGACUUACCCAGCCAGCACUUGCCUGUGGAGGUCAGCUGAAGACGACGCCACGCAGCUAAGUCUGGAUUAGCCGGCCGAACGAGUUUCAAUGCUCCUCCACGUUCUAAGAUGAAGUUAUGGAAAGGUGCUACUUUUGCCUUCAUGCUCUGUGGUGCAGCCCUGUCCAUCCUCCUUGUUAGAAACAUGGCCACUGUCGGACAGCUCAAAAACAAGACGAAAUACCCAUACGCAUCUUCAGCCUCAUCAAGACAGUCUUCAUCAUCGGAGUCAGCUUCCAAGGCGUCGUUGCCAUCGCCCUCAUCCUCAGCAGCAGCAGAAUCGACAGUGUUGUCCCAGCAGAUGGGGGGUCAUCUUCGGAGAACGCGCUCAGCAGACGACAUGAACUCUCUCCUCUCAGAGUUUUCCACAAUGUUCCAGAGUUUCACGGAGGGCGAGCUCCAGCAGGUGGUCGGCACCUUGCUUGACAGGAAGAGGAGGAAGAGCCGUCGCCUGGCUGACAAGCAGGCCCGAAGGACUAAAAGAGCCCGCCGGCCUAAGCCCUGCUCCUUGAGGGAGCUGGAGCUGACCGUUAGCGAACUGGGACUCGGCUACGACAGCGACGAGACGGUGCUGCUGCGUUACUGCAGCGGCAAGUGCACAGCCCACCGGCACAACUACGACAUCACCAUGGAGCACAUGAUGCGGUCGGGCUUCAGGCAGAAAGGCCGUAAGGACAAGGUCAGUAACGGACCAUGCUGCCGGCCGACCGCGUUCGAGAAGGACUUUUCCUUCCUGGACAACAGGAGUCGCUAUCACACGAUACAAAACGUGUCGGCGAAGAACUGCGGAUGUGUAUGACCCAGAUGAAACAGACUUAUCCUCUCUUCUUGCUGCUCUCAGCUCUCAAGAACAUUUGAACAUGGAUGCUGAAAAAAAAAAUCUAUGGAAUAUAAACUCAAGGAAAGGAGGAAAGGAUGAGACGGCUUUCUGCCGCCCAUCAAUACAGUGGGAGCCGAAUCGCAUGGACAGCCGGCGCUGCGUUUGUGCGGAUUCCAUGUAAAGAGACACAGAAAGAUGAAUGCUCAUACCAAAAAGUUUUUAUCAUCUUUUCUAUCUGUGUAGUAACACUGUAAACUGUGGUGUAACAACAAUGUAGCAACAUUUUGUUUGUGGUAUUCCAUUUGAGUCGUAGAUGAGCCAUGGUGGACUAGAUUAUUGCUGUUACUACACUUCAUAUCCAAUUCUUGUCCAAAUCCUGUAGUUUACAUGAUUCUAACAGUAAAUCACCUUUCACGUAUAUAUAUUAAAAAAGUGCUCAAAAAUCCAUUUCAAAGCCAUAAAUCAAACUAAAUAAGAAAAAAUGUAAUCCACCAAUGUUUACUUAAACAAUGUCUGAUGAUGUCCAGAGGGUUAAUUAACUUAAAUGUGUGUUGUUGUUACCACAGGUGUCACUUUGUGACUUUGUUUCCCUGCUUGUAUGCAUUCCUCUCACUGAUUGCAGUGUUAUUACACAGGUAAAAGAACAUGUGUUCUUGUUUUGACAAUGAAAAAAAACCUUUUCUAUAUAGCUCCAGGUUUGAUACCCACCUCUAAUUAUUGUGUUUUGUAUGUCGAUGUUGUGUAGAUUUACAGUGAGGACCUGUCACAAAACACGUUAGAUUGACACGAAAAUUGAUCCCACCUGCUCUCCGUAGAAUAAUUCAUCAUCGCACUCAAAUAAAUCAUUGUUUUAAGUCUUUUUUUUUUCUUAUACUUUCCCCUGUAUCGCAAUUAAACAUAAUCCUCUGGAAUUAUUUUCCUCAAGGAAUUGCCAAAGCACACCAAGUCAAUUCAACACACGAUGAAUUCAUUAACUUUGAUUGAUAAACACCUCACGUCUCAAGUUCUAGGUGAUAUCACCUCUUUAAAAUCAUCUCUGGAUGUAAUUUGUGAUGUUUACACUCAGAGAUUUGAGCUGAUCUGAGUUGUAAAAGAGAAGAAUGCUUACAGUGAUCAGUCAUGUCAUGAUUUUUUUUUUGCUUUGUUUUUUUUCCACGCUGACAGAAAACAAACUAUGAAGUAGAGUCAGGAUCUGGAAAUGUGUUUGCACCCAUCUAUAAAACCCUGUAACUUACUAUGAUCCAAAGCCCACAGCACAGCCUUUUAUUGGCCCAUCAAAUGCCUCCUUGUUGUAUUGCCUGCUAGACUUUUAGAAGAAAAUAAGCUAUUGAAAUGAGUUAUGAAGCAUGUUUUUCACCUUCGACAAUCUUUAUUUGGUUUGAACCCAUUGCAACUGUUUGCCUGAAGUACAAUAAAUUAUGUUUUUGUUGUUUUUUUUUUUUUCCUUUCUUGAGGAGGUGCAGUGUGAGGCGUGGAUGCGGUGCAUCUUUUAUUGUAGUAUAUAUUGUAUUUAUUUGGGAAGUAAAUUAUGUUUUUUUGCAUAUUUAUUUAGAAUACCACACAGAAACGGGACAGCUUAUUAUCAUUAAGCAACUGUGCCAAAAAAUGUUUUAUCUAACAUUCUAUAUUGACUGCUGAAUAAACUUAAUUUCAGAGGUA